AUGGCGCCGCGGGCCGUUGGCAAGAAUGCCAAGGCGGUGCAAGAUGUGGCCCCGCGCAAGAGUGAGGGGGGUAGCUAUACAUUGAAAGAUAUUAUGGUGGGCGCAAAAUUGUAUGCAGAGAAGACGACGCCUGAGAGUGGCGAGACAGAACAACGACAAGUCGAGGUGUUGUCGAUCCGCGAAGAGCGACAAAACAGGCUGCAUUUACUGCAAGAAAUGCAGGAAAAAGGUGCUGAUAACGUGGAAGAAAAAGAGCCAGAGCUCCAUUUUUAUGUGCACUACUGUGGCUUUAACAAGCGACUGGAUGAGUGGAUACCCUCCGCCAAGCUCGUACUGUCGCGUGAGAUGGAAUGGCCGCCGCCGCCCGAGGCGGCCGAGUCCAACAAGAACACGAAGCGGAAGGUGGUCAAAGAUGCGCGUUCGACUCCACAGGCGGAGGACAGCAACGUCAAGAAGGAGCAGGGAGACGACACGUCGUUCAGCAAAGAAAAGGAGGUGGAAAAGCUGCGUACGAACGGGUCCAUGACACAGUGCGCGAGUGAAGUCUCGCGCGUCAAAAACCUGAAUAUGAUUCAAAUGGGUAAGCAUCAAAUUGAGGUGUGGUAUUUCAGCCCGUACCCGUCCGAGUACGCAUAUAUUGACUGUCUAUACGUGUGUGAAAUGUGUUUGUCGUACUUUCCUAGCGAUUUCCUGCUCAAGCGUCACCGUCAAAAGUGCACGAUGCUGCACCCGCCCGGCAACGAGAUUUAUCGGUGCGAGGACAUCAGCUUUUUUGAGCUCGACGGUCGGCGCCAAAAGACGUGGUGUCGAAAUUUGUGCUUGCUAAGCAAGUGCUUUUUGGACCAUAAGACCUUGUACUAUGAUGUGGAUCCCUUUUUGUUCUAUGUCAUGUGUCAGCGCGACAAUACCGGCUGCCACAUGAUCGGUUACUUUUCGAAGGAGAAGGAGAGUGCCGAAGGCUAUAAUGUCGCAUGUAUUCUGACUCUGCCGCAGCACCAGCGUACGGGUUUUGGGCGUCUCUUGAUCGAGUUUUCGUACGAGCUCUCGAAACGCGAGAGUAAACUGGGCAGUCCGGAAAAGCCUCUGUCUGACCUCGGUCUGCUCGGCUACCGUGCAUACUGGUCCGAAACGAUCGUUGAGCUUUUGCUCAAGACGACGGAGGAAAUUAGUAUUGACGACAUUGCGAACAAAACCUCGAUUCAGCAUGCUGAUAUCCUACAGACAUGUCAGGCACUCAGUCUGCUCAAGCAAUACCAGGGUAAACACUACCUUGUUCUCUCAGAUGCCGUGCUCGAAAAGCACGAGCGUCAGAUGAAAAAGAAACGUCGGCGCAUUCAUGCUGAACACCUGCAUUGGAAGCCGCCUGUAUUUACGCGUGACCAGCUUCGGUUUGGUUGGUAG